AAUUUGUUCUCUUGUUCUUUUUAUUUUACCGACCCUGUAAUGUAUUGGAAUACUUUUGGCGCCAUUAGACGCACCUCCCAUUUCCGCCUCUAACCGCCACCAGGAGCCGCCUCUCUCCGCCACCUUCUCCGGCCAACCACCCUGAAAUUGGCGCCUUUUUUUUUCUGAUUCAGUGCACACUUAAGGCACAACACCAAACAUGUCAUCAUCCUCAUCACACCACUCCAAAACCCUAACCCUAGACUCCACAACCUUAUUCCUAAACUCCCCACAAACAACCACCACUCCUCUCCCUCCCAUCCCCACCGACUUCCCCCUCUCCAAACUCAUCCCCAAAACCAAAUUCAUCAUCGACGGUUUCCGCUUCUCCGGCGACCACUCCAUCUCCUACUUCCUCACACACUUCCACUCCGAUCACUACACCGGCCUCAACUCCACCUGGAACAAAGGCAUCAUAUACUGCUCCCCAACCACAGCUCGCCUUCUUAUCCAAGUCCUCAACGUUUCAUCUUCUUUCGUUGUGUCGUUGCCGCUUUCCAAGCCGGUUUCGAUCGAUGGAUGUGAGGUUUCGUUGAUCGAUGCGAAUCAUUGUCCUGGUGCCGUUCAGUUUUUGUUCAGAGUUCCCACUGAGGAGGGGAAUUGGAUGAGGUAUGUGCAUACCGGUGACUUUAGGUAUUGCGGUUCGAUGAAAUCGGAUCCUGUGUUGAGUGAGUUUAUUGGCGCUGAUGCUGUGUUUUUAGAUACUACUUAUUGUAAUCCGAAAUAUGUGUUUCCGUCGCAAGACGAGAGUAUUGAUUAUGUUGUUAAUGUGAUUAAUAAGUAUAGUGUUGAUAAUGGGAAUGGGAAUGGGAAUGGGAAUGGUGUGAAGUCGGUUUUGUUUCUUGUUGCUACUUAUGUUAUUGGGAAGGAGAAGAUUUUGCUUGAGAUUUCGCGUAGGUGUGGUAGGAAGAUACAAGUUGAAGACCGGAAAUUGGGGAUUCUGCGUACUCUAGGGUUUGGGGAAGAUGGAGUUUUUACUAAUGAAGAGUGUGAAAGUGAUGUUCAUGUUAUUGGGUGGAAUGUUUUAGGGGAAACUUGGCCGUAUUUUAAACCGAAUUUUGUGAAGAUGAAGGAGAUUAUGGAGGCUAGAGGUUACUCGAAGGUGGUGGGAUUUGUACCUACGGGUUGGACGUAUGAAGUAAAGCGUAAUAAGUUUGCUGUGAGGGUAAAAGAUUCAUUUGAGAUACAUUUAGUACCUUAUAGUGAGCACUCGAAUUACGAAGAGCUUAGGGAGUAUGUAAAGUUUUUAAGACCAAAACGGGUUAUUCCAACAGUUGGUGUGGAUGUUGAGAAUGUUGACGGGAAGCAUGUUAACAAAAUGCUGAAGCAUUUUGCUGGUUUGGUUGACGAAAUGGCCAUCAAGCAAGACUUCUUGAUGGGCUUUCAUCGGGGGCCCAAGGAACUGAACGGGAGCCUUGAGAAGAACUCGCACAACCUAAAGGAAAAAGUUUCGGAGCCCGAGAAAGAGGAACAUGGUUCACGGGAUUCGGUAUUAGUAACCGACAAAGAAAUGGAUGAAAUGAUACUGGAACUUCAUGAUUGCUUGCCAGCUUGGGUCACUAGGGAUCAAAUGAUGGAUCUUAUAAGUAAAUCGGAUAAAAACGUUGUUGAAGCAGCCUCUUAUUUUUUCGAACAUGAAACCGAAUAUCAUGAACAGGUCAUUACUAGUACAUCUGCUUCUGCUUCACAAGAAAGCUCAGUUGAUAUACUUAAGCACGUCAUUGCUCAUGCUUCAUCCACCUGCACACCCGUUAAAACUUUUACUAAAGGCUUUGCAUCAUCUUCAACUCCUAUUAAAACUAAAUUAAAAACCGAGGGUAGUCCUUCAAGUAAAAGAAAAAAACCAUCCAGCACUAAACAAUCAAGUAAGAACAACGCUUCUCCUAGCCAAAAGAGGAAGACCAGUGAAACUAAGUCAAGCAAGAAGCCGAUAGCCACUUCACAACUUGAAACUAGUGGACCGAAGCAAUGUACAAUAACUAAAUUCUUCAAUAAGGCUACACCUACGGCUGAACCGUCUCAAAAUGAUGACAAGGUGUUACCAAGUAUUGACAUCACACAUUACAAAGACGAGGUGGACCAGUUUAUUCAAAUCGUAAAUGGCAGCGAGUCAUUGCGUAGCUAUGCUACCACUAUCUUAGAGGAAACAAAGGGUGAUAUUAAUAAAGCUCUCGACUUGUAUUACACCAACUCCAAAGAUAAACAAAGUGAAGACACUGAAGUAUCUAUGAAAGAUAACGUUGACAAGACCUGUUCCAAGCAGUCAAAAGAGUCUUUGACACCUCAACCGCCAGCUGGCAAUGUUGCUUCUGAUCUUGUAUCACUACCACCUGAGAAGUAUUCUCCCACAGACCAUGCCUGCUGGAAAGAGGGCCAGUCUGCUCCUUAUCUACAUCUCGCCAGGACAUUCAGUUUGUUGGAAGAUGAAAAAGGAAAGAUUAAAGCUACAUCUAUGCUUUGCAAUAUGUUUAGAAGCUUGUUAAUUUUGUCGCCAGAGGAUGUACUGCCAGCCGUGUACUUGUGCACAAACAAGAUUGCACCUGACCAUGAAAACAUGGAACUAAACAUUGGUGGAAGUGUUGUCACAGCAGCAAUGGAAGAGGCAUGUGGGACAAACAGAUCAAAGAUUCGGGAUUUGUACAACAGCUUAGGUGAUCUUGGUGAUGUUGCUCAACUUUGCCGUCAGACACAAAAAUUACUUGCACCUCCAGCCCCGCUUUCAAUUCGAGGUGUUUAUUCGGUGCUUCGGGAGAUAAGUGUGCAGACAGGUAGUGGAAGUACCAUGAGAAAGAGAAGCCUCAUUGUUAAUCUAAUGAGAUCUUGUAGAGAGAUGGAGAUCAAGUUUAUAGUCAGAACACUGGUUAGAAAUUUAAGAAUCGGGGCCAUGAUGAGAACUGUUCUGCCUGCGUUAGCUCAUGCAAUUGUUAUGAACUCUUGCCAAGGAAAAACUAUAGAAAAUCUCAAAGAAAUGCUUCAGGGUCUCUCCGCAGCAGUUAUUGAAGCAUACAAUAUCCUCCCAAAUUUGGAUCUGCUCAUUCCUUCUGUUAUGGAUAAAGGGAUUAAAUUUUCAUCGGAAACACUGUCUAUGGUUCCUGGCAUACCAAUCAAGCCAAUGCUGGCAAAAAUUACUAACGGAGUCCCUCAAGUGUUGAAGCUUUUUCAGGGAAAAGCACUUACCUGUGAGUUUAAAUAUGAUGGUCAGCGUGCGCAAGUUCAUAAAUUAGCUGACGGGUCUAUACGUGUGUUUUCACGGAAUGGGGACGACACGACAUCUAGAUUUCCAGAUGUAAUAAGUAUAUUAAAUGAGCUCUGCAAGCCUGAGACCAUGACUUUCAUAAUUGAUGCCGAGGUGGUUGCUAUCGAUAGAAAAAGUGGUCCCAAACUUCUUUCAUUCCAAGAACUAUCUUCCCGUGAUAGAGGUGGCAAAAAUUCAGUUAUUGCAGUAGAUAACAUAAAGGUUGAUAUAUGUGUAUUCGCUUUUGAUGUCAUGCUUGCUAAUGGGGAACAGCUGUUGGGUUUACCUUUGCGUCAAAGAAGAAAAUAUCUGAAAGAUUUGUUUGGUGAAGAAAAGAUAGGAUAUUUUGAAUAUUCCAAGCAAAUAACAGUGGAGGCGGAUAAUGCUUACGUGGAAAAUGAAGCCACAGUGACUAAAAUGAACCUGUUUUUUGAAGAAGCUUUCCAUUCCUCAUGUGAAGGAAUCAUGGUUAAAUCUCUUGAUGUUGAAGCUGGUUAUCUCCCAUCAAAGCGUUCUGAUUCUUGGUUAAAGGUGAAGCGAGAUUAUGUAGAAGGUUUAAAUGAUUCCUUGGACUUGGUUCCUAUUGGUGCUUGGUACGGGAAUGGAAGGAAGGCUGGAUGGUACAGUCCAUUUCUCAUGGCUUGCUAUGAUCCCGACACUGAUGAAUAUCAAAGUGUCUGUCGUGUAAUGUCCGGCUUCUCUGAUGCCUUCUAUAUAGAGAUGAAAGAGUUCUUCAUAGAUGACAAGAUUCUAGGUAAAAAAGAUAAACCAGUGUAUUAUCAAACAGGUGAGGAGCCUGAUAUGUGGUUUACACCUGAAGUGGUGUGGGAGAUACGAGGUGCUGAUUUCACUGUUUCCCCGGUUCACCAUGCUGCAAUGGGUUUAGUGCAUCCAACACGUGGCAUUUCCGUCAGAUUUCCUAGAUAUGUUAGAUCUAGGUCAGAUAAGAAGCCAAGUGAUUGUAGUACACCUGCAGAUAUAGCUGAAAUGUUUCAUCUGCAAACCCGAAAGAUGGAUGUUCGCGGUGGCAACUAAAUGGUUGUACUUUGACAACAUUGUGUUUUUUAGUGUACAUCUUUAACCCUUUUUUUGGUUAGUGUGGCAUUCGCUCAAGUGUAAAUACAAACAUGUUUUCUUGGAGCAGUACUUUUUUGUAUAAAAAAGUUUUUGGAAAAA